CGAAAAUGGAGGGAAGAAUCCUCCACAAUCAACCAGUUCAUCCAGCCCCAGUGAACAGACCAACGUGCCCAAACCCGCGUCUGAAAUUCAGUUCCACCAAGCUCCCACUUCCUCCUCAAUCCCAAUCUCCUCCUUCAUUUCCUCUUGAUUCUCUCCUCCAACACCUCCUCCAUAUCUCCUCACCACCCAAUUCUAUACGCAGGCCGAAAACCAUUAAUCCACCUCAGAGCAACAAUGCCCAGUUGGCUACUCUUCAUAUUUCUGUUGAUUCUAGUCAAAAUCAGCAUCGAGAUGUCCAUUACGGGAAACCCAGUUCGGUUUCCGUCCUGCAGUUUGAGAGCAGUAAGGAAGAGGGUCAAUCGGGAGAUGGGUCGCUUGAAUUUUUGUCAAGAAAGGCUGACAUCUUUAGUUUAUUGAAAGCACUAGAUCAUUCUGGCAAUUGGGAAAGAGCCCUUUUAUUCUUUGAAUGGUUAGUGUUGAAUAUAAAGUCGGGUAAGGUGAAAAUAGACAAUCAGGUUGUUGGGUUUAUGGUUAGAAUUCUUGGGAGAGAAUCACAGCAUUCAAUUGCAUCCACGCUGCUCGAUGAAAUUCCCCUGCAAGAUUAUUCUCUUGAUGUUCGAGCAUACACCACCAUUCUUCAUGUGUAUUCUCGUACUCACAAGUACAAAAGAGCAGUCUCUGUGUUUGAGAGAAUGAAGGAGACUGGCAUUUCUCCUACUUUAGUCACUUAUAAUGUCAUGCUUGAUGUCUAUGGGAAGAUGGGUCGGUCUUGGAAUAAGAUUUUAAUCCUGCUGGAUGAAAUGAGAAGCAAAGGACUCGAAUUUGAUGAGUUUACUUGCAGUACUGUGAUAACUGCUUGUGGGAGAGAAGGUCUGUUGAACGAAGCAAAAGAGUUCUUUGCAAAGUUGAAGUCCCAAGGUUAUGUACCUGGGACGGUGACUUAUAAUGCAUUGCUCCAAGUUUUUGGUAAGGUGGGGAUUUAUUCAGAGGCCUUGAGCAUUUUGAAAGAGAUGGAGGAUAAUAACUGUCCAGCUGACACUGUAACUUACAAUGAGCUUGUGGCUGCAUAUGUGAGAGCUGGAUUUUACAAGGAAGGGGUUGCUGUCAUUGAGACAAUGACACAUAAAGGAGUGAUGCCGAAUGCUGUUACAUAUACAACUGUUAUUAAUGCCUAUGGCAAAGCAGGAAAGGAGGAUGAGGCUUUAAGAUUGUUUGAUCAGAUGAAAGAGUUAGGUUGUGUACCUAAUGUGUGCACUUAUAAUGCUGUCCUUGGAAUGUUAGGGAAAAAGUCACGAUCAGAGGAGAUGAUAAAGAUACUCUGUGACAUGAAAUCAAGUGGAUGUUCCCCUAACCGUAUCACAUGGAACACACUGCUCACAAUGUGUGGUAAAAAGGGUAUGCACCAAUAUGUUAACCGAGUCUUUCAGGAAAUGAAGAGUUGUGGAUUCGAGCCUGACAGAGACACAUUUAAUACUUUGAUUGGUGCUUAUGGCUGUUGUGGGUCAGAAAUUGAGGCUACAAAAAUGUAUGAGGAGAUGAUUAAAGUAGGUUUCAUGCCAUGUGCUACAACUUACAAUGCGCUUCUGAAUGCCUUGGCUAGACAUGGGGACUGGAAAGCAGCCGAAUCUGUCAUUCUAGACAUGAAAAAGAAAGGCUUCAGGCCUAAUGAAACGUCAUACUCUUUGAUGCUUCAGUGUUAUGCAAAGGGAGGAAAUGUGAAAGGGAUAGAGAAGAUUGAGAAAGAAAUACAUAAUGGCCAUGUUUUUCCAAGCUGGGUACUUUUAAGAACCCUUGUUCGUGCAAACUUCAAAUGCAGAGCACUGGCAGGUGCAAUACAUAGAUUCGGAAAUUCGAUCAAACCAGCACUGACCCCCCACUCAACGGGAAAAGGAAAAUUAAAGUGGCCCAAUAAAGAUGGAGGACGUAAUUGGACAUGUAGGAAAUUGGUGGGCUAGAAAUAGAAAAAAAAAUCAUUUAAUUCAUGAGAAUCUGAGUUGCCACAACGUUGUUAGUUCUCAUUUUUUCUAAAAUCAAACUAAGUAAUUUUU